GUUGGAGGUGAAUUAACAAGUACUGUGAUGAACAUUAUGAAUGAUUUUGGCAGAAUAGCAGUGUGCGGAAUCAUCUCAGGUUACAAUACAAAGACACCAAUACAGAUUAUACAGUUGCCAAUUCUUACUAAACAUCUGAAAAUUGAGGGAUUCAUGGGGUGGACAUAUACUGCUAGAUGGCCAGAAGGUAUUGAAAAAUUCAUAAAAUACAUCACUGAGGGUAAGAUGACGUACAAAGAGCAUGUGACUGAAGGAUUUGACAAUAUGUUCAAAGCUUUUUAUGAGCUGUUCACUGGUGCCAACUUUGGAAAAGCUAUUGUCAAGGUUUAACAUUCAGUAAUGAUGUAAUUUGUAAUUGAGUUUACUUCAACAUCAUUGCAGUAAAUUUUUUAAUACAACUCAAUAUUCUUUAGUAUGUCCAUACAUCAAGGUACAAGUGUGAAAAUUAAUAUAAAGAAAGAUACUGUAAUUACAAACAUAGUUUUAAAGAAGUUUAUAAAGAUACCAAGACUACAGUUCAAGUACUUUGAAGUUACUAUCAGUAUUUAAAAAUAUGAAAAAUGAAAAAGUAUUUUUUAGAAUUUAAAAAUUACAUCACUGUUUAAUUUUAAAUGAUUGUGAAGUACUGUAUUUUAUUCAGUGAUUUUCAACAGUAUUAAACAUAAACAUAAUUAUGAUAUAUUAGAUUGCAUCAAUAGUUCUUCAUUAUGAUAUAACAUGUUGCAAGAACAAGAAUAAAUUUUAGUUUGCAAUUAUGAUAAAUAAUAAUUAUAUUAAAUAAAGUGUGAUUAUACAAAUAGGACGGAAAAUGCAUAUUCGAAUAAUCAUUACUAAUAAUAGAACUAUUAGACAUAGAUAAUAACUGGUAAUAUGUGAUAGAUUCGUUACAUUGUAGUUUUUACAUUGAUUUGAAUAGAAUUUUGAAAAUUGUUCCAUUUAUUAAUUUUGAUGUAGCAUUUUGAUGAUUACAUUAUGAGCUUAUUUGUCUUUUUUAUAUAAGGGUUUUCAUAGAAAUAAAUUAUUACACAAACCAAUCAA